GCCGUGCGUCAUGCGCUGCGUCCGUUGGCAUGACGUCCGUCAGUUAAAGCGACGUGAGUUAGCAGUGUUUCGCGGAACAUUCGAGAGGUCCCCCAAAACCCCCGAGGACUUUCCAGUUAACCUCCGAGCCUGGCAACUGCACUGUUUGGACGCUUUAGGGUGUUUAACUGUGCAUCUUUGGGAACUGAAAAAACACUAAGAACCCUGCUGCAAUCGAUACAACACCAGCACCAGCCAUCGACCAGCGUUCACUGCGGCUCUUGGACGAUCAGCGUUGUGUUUAUGUCUUUGUUUUGCGAAAACGAGCUGUUGCGCAGCCGUUGGAACCUGUGUGGUGGAAAUCUAGCCUUCAAGCAAGGAGCUUGCGGCCAUAGCGGCACAGCGUUUUUCAUGUCAAAGACAGAGCGCGCUUGCAGUCGUUUAUGUCAUCCCCUCUUUUCCAGACAGAAGAUCCCAAAAAAUCCCCAACCAAGAUCCUUUUAUCGUACUGAUAGUGCUAACAUCCAGCCAAAAUGUCUGUCAACGUCAACCGCAGCGUGUUGGACCAGUUCUAUCGCUACAAGAUGCCCCGUCUGAUUGCCAAGGUGGAAGGAAAAGGGAAUGGAAUCAAGACGGUCAUUGUCAACAUGGUAGAUGUUGCAAAGGCAUUGAACAGGCCUCCAACAUACCCAACCAAGUUUUUUGGUUGUGAACUCGGUGCUCAGACCCAGUUUGAUAGCAAAAACGACCGUUACAUCGUCAACGGAUCCCACGAGGCGAACAAGUUGCAGGACAUGCUUGAUGGGUUUGUCAGAAAAUUUGUUCUGUGUCCCGAGUGCGACAACCCUGAAACUGAACUGCAUGUCAAUCCCAAGAAACAAACCAUUGGCAAUUCCUGUAAAGCCUGUGGAUACCGCGGCAUGCUUGACACCAGACACAAACUCUGCACGUUCAUCCUCAAAAACCCACCAGAUCCUACUGAAGGUGGAUCUGCACCUGUAAAAAAAGAAAAGGAGAAAAAGAACCGCAAGAAGGACAAGGAGAACGGCUCCGGCAGCGGAGAGGGUGGCAGCAGCGAAAACUUUGAUGCUCCUCAAGUUGUGGACAGAGACGACGAUGAUGAAGACUGGGCGGAGGAGACGACUGAGGAAGCACAGAGGAGGCGAAUGGAGGAGAUCAGCAACCACGCCAAGAACCUGACGCUCAGCGAGGACCUGGAGAAACCCCUGGAGGAGAGGGUCAACCUGUUCUACAACUUUGUGAAACAUAAGAAGGAGACGGGAACCAUCGAUGCGGCCGAUAAGGAUAUCUUGGUGGAGGCGGAGCGUCUGGAUGUGAAGGCCAUGGGCCCCCUCAUCCUCAGCGAGCUGCUCUUCAACGAGAACAUCCGCGACCAGAUCAAGAAGUACAAACGCCACUUCCUGCGGUUCUGCCACAACAACAAGAAGGCUCAGAAGUAUCUGCUGGGAGGUUUUGAGUGCGUCGUGAAGCUGCAUCAAGUUCAGCUGCUGGCUCGAGUUCCCAUCAUCCUCAAAGAGAUGUACGACUCGGACCUGCUGGAGGAAGACGUCAUAUUCGCCUGGGCUGAGAAGGUGGGUGUCGAUCUACAUUUGAUUGAUUAAAAGUACAUAAGGGGG